GAGAGACUUAUAGAUACCUUCGAGCCUUAUCAUCCAUAGGGCUUCGAUGGAGAUAGCUGCUUCGGGAAUGGCUUUAUAUGUUAGUUCGACUAGCCGUUAGCGGUCCAUAGAAUAGUGGGGCCUCGUGCGCUCCCAUAUCUAUAGAGGGGGUCUUCAUGCGCAUAACCUGUAGUCCCACAGCCUCCACCCACCCCUAGGGCGAGCGCUAACAUGCUCCCUCAAAUCCCGAUGAACCACCCCGUGAUUUCAUAAAGGGCCGGGUGUGCAUGCAUGGGGGCCCCUACUAUUCUAAGGGUAGUGGUGGGGGGGAAUUAUAGACAUAGAUGUUGAUCCGGUUGUUUCACUAGUUUCAUAUCUCGCAUUUGAUCCGGUUGAUCCAGCCCUACUCUUCUAAAGGGAACCAGUCCCAUAGCGAGAUCCAUACCCAUAGCCACCUUCUGGUGAUCCAGGUUCUCACUUUCGAGAUCUAGACCCAUAGCCAGCAUAUCUAGUAGCAGAGACAGGGAUAGAGGCAGAACCAGUAGUUUCAGUUCCUGAUCGAUACCCAGUCCUUUCUAUAGAUCCAUCACCUUUUGCAGCAUCACAACCAGCAGCUGAGGUAGCCUAUAUCGCAAAGGCAAAGCCCGUUGAUCCAGUGCUUGAUCAAGCUGUUGAUCCAGCCCUCUGGGGAUGCACCCGUCGAAAGAGAAGCAUGGGUAGCACCAGCAGCAACAGCAUCGUAUAUAGUAUCUGAUCCAACAGCAGCUGUAGCACCAGUAGCAGUAGCAGUUCCAAAGCCAUAUCCCGUAGCUUCCCUUAGCACGGUUCCACCAACAGCACGAGAUCCAGCACCUAUAACAGAACCUAUAGACCCAGGUGACCCAGUUCCAGAUCCUGUUCUAUAUCAAGAGCCGGAUCCAGCUUAUCCACUACCAUCUAGAACAGCAGCAGAGACAGUAGCAUACGCAGAGUUCCUAGUUCCAGGUCCAUCCAUUGAAGCACCAAUAAUAGCACUUGUUUCAGCACCACCCGCCAACAUAGAGAAGAGAGGGCGUGCCUGUAGCUUACCCAGUAGAAGACCCAGCAGCAUAGUUCAUCGGGAGUAUAAGUAGCUAGAGAAGCAGCUUUAAUAAGUUGAUCCAGCUUGGGCGAUGAUUCUGAUCUUGAUCCGGGGGUAGGGCAUGAAUGUUACGUAUAGAAUCUCGAGCUCCGGGGUCUUCACGCAUAUGUAUCAACUCUUCUUUUGGAACCAUAGCUGCAAGAAGUCAUCAGUUCAAAGCUCGCCUUCCUUCUCGACUAACGUGGCGCCGCCCCUAACUUUUGAGAACCAACUCCUAGUUCCCCGUUCCCGAAAUGUUGAUUAAUUGUAUUGAUGAUUUGGGAAUUUGUUCAUUCCGGGGGCACCCGACAUGGCAUUUCCACGAUUGCAUAACAUUCCCUCCCGGUCGUCGCCGCCUUCGCCGUCGCCAUUCCCAGCCUUGGUAGAAGUGGGUAGCGGCACUGGGUGGACGGUCUAUCCGCUUGAGCAUCAAUCUAUUGUGCGGGAAGGGAGUUAGCCGGUUACAGUACUUCCGGUGUCGGCCUUCCUUGCUAGAUUUUAUUGCCUUGUAUUUUUUUGAAACUAUUAGAACAGAACACGGAACUCACUACUCCAUCAGAAAACAAAAUGACCAACUAUAGGACCGAUCUAAAGGUUGAUGAGAUCGGUCGAGUGGUCUCAGUCGGAGAUGGGAUUGCACGUGUCUAUGGAUUGAACGAGAUUCAAGCUGGGGAAAUGGUCGAAUUUGCCAGCGGUGUGAAAGGAAUAGCGUUGAAUCUUGAGAAUGAGAAUGUAGGUAUCGUCGUAUCCGGUAACGACGUUGCCAUAAAAGAAGGAGAUUUGGUCAAGCGGACUGGAUCUAUUGUGGAUGUCCCCGUGGGAAAGGCCCUGCCAGGUCGUGUGGUGGAUGCGUUGGGAGUACCUAUUGAUGGAAAAGGGGCACUACAGGUCGAUGAGGGCGCCGCCGAACGAAGACGUGUCGAAGCGAAAGCCCCAGGGAUUAUCGAACGUAAAUCCGUGCACGAACCUCUGCAAACAGGGUUAAAAGCGGUGGAUAGCCUGGUUCCUAUAGGCCGUGGUCAACGAGAACUGAUCAUUGGAGACCGGCAAACUGGGAAAACCGCUAUAGCUAUUGAUAUCAUAUCAAACCAGAAGCGCUCCCACCGUAGUUCGGGCACCUCUGAUAGUGUGUAUCGCGUCCAUGUAGCGAUUGGGCAAAAACGCUCGACCGUGGCCCAAUUGGUUCAAAUUCUCCCGGAAGCGGAUGCGUUGGAGUAUUCCGUAAUCAAUGCAGCCACCGCUUCGGAUCCUGCUCCUCCGCAAUUUCUGGCCCCAUAUUCCGGGUGUGCCAUGGGAGAAUAUUCUCGUGAUAAUGGAAUGCACGCAUUAAUCAUCUAUGAUGAUCCGAGUAAACAGGCGGUGGCGUAUCGACAAAUGUCAUUAUCGCUUCGCCGCCCACCAGGCCGUGAGGCUUUCCCAGGGGAUGUUUUCUAUUCGCACUCCCGUCUAUCGGAAAGAGCCGCAAAACGAUCGGACCAGACAGGUGCGGGUAGCUUGACCGCGUUACCCGUAAUCGAAACACAAGCUGGAGACGUGUCGGCCUAUAUCCCUACCAAUGUGAUCCCCAUUACAGAUGGACAGAUUUGUCUGGAAACAGAGCUCUUCCAUCGCGGAAUUAGACCGGCUAUUAACGUUGGCUUACCCGUCAGUCGCGUUGGGUCCGCCGCUCAGUUGAAAGCUAUGAAACAAGUACGCGGUAGUUCAAAACCCGAAUCGGCGCAAUACCGUGAAGUGGCCGCCUUUGCUCAAUCCGGGUCAGACCUUGAUGCUGCGACUCAGGCACUAUCAAAUAGAGGUGCUAGGCUCACAGAAGUUCCGAAACAACCGCAAUAUCCACCACCUCCUAUUGAAAAACAAAUCCUAGUUCCCCAUGCUGCUGUGAGAGGGUUCUGUGAUCGAAUGCCACUCAUACAAAUCUCACAAUAUGAAAGAGCCAUUUUAAGCGGUAUAGAGCAACAACCCGAAUUGCUACACGGCAUUAUGGAAGAGGGGAAGUUAACCGACGAAAUAGAGAGGAAAUUGAAUACUUUUUCAAAGGACAUUUCGUUAUGAAAGGAUACUAAUGGAUAGCAUCUUCAUAACUAAGGAGCCACCCACAAACAAAUUGGGAAGUAUUAUGACGAAAAAUGGAUAGCAUCUUCAUAACUAAGGAGCCACCCACAAACAAAUUGGGAAGUCUUAUGAAGAAAUUCAUGGACAGCAAAAAAAAGAA